GAGAAGAGGGGAAGAGACCAUUUUUCCAAGAGGGGAGGCGCUAUGAAGUCGGAACCCUGUCAAAGUGACUUUUCUUCGAAACAAUGACAGGAGUUUUGGGUGACUUCUGCAGACGAGUUGAACGCGAGCAGGGAGAGACAGAGGAGUCAGUGGAUGAACAUCACCCUGAGGCUGUGUGACACAUCUUCUAUGCUGCUGAUAAGAGGCCCAGAUGCUCCAGGAUGGAUCAGGCACUUCCCAGCCAGAGCUCAGCUUCGGACCUGCUCGGGCCAGACAGCGAGGAGCUCCAGCUCAGAGUGGACUUCUUCAGGAAGCUGGGUUACUCCUCCUCAGAGGCGAAGGCCGCUCUGUGGAAGCUGGGCCUGAGCACGGACACCAACUCUGUGCUGGGGGAGCUGGUGCGGGGCAGGACCGGCGCUGCACCCUGCAUGUCCACCUCUGACGGCGAUGAGAGGAGCGCAGGCCAAAGUGACCCCCUGCUGCCUCCCAGCUGGGCCCUCGGACCCUGCAGAAUCACGCCACAGCUCGCGGACCGCAAGGGUACGGACACAGAAUUGAGGCCUGUUGUUAUCGACGGCAGCAAUGUUGCCAUGAGUCACGGCAAUAAGGACGUGUUCUCAUGCCGGGGCAUCCAGCUAGCGGUGAACUUCUUCCUGGACAGAGGUCAUAAUACCAUCACUGUGUUUGUUCCGACUUGGCGCAAAGAGCAGCCCAGACCUGAUGCCCCCAUAACAGAUCAACACAUCCUGAUGGAGCUUGAAAAAAAGAAAAUAGUGGUCUUCACUCCAUCACGCCGUGUUGGUGGUAAGCGCGUGGUUUGCUAUGAUGACCGCUUUAUCGUCAAGCUGGCGUAUGAGUCAGAUGGAGUGAUCGUAUCCAACGACACCUACCGUGACCUCCAAGGAGAAAGACCUGAGUGGAAGAAGUGCAUCGAGGAGAGGCUCCUCAUGUACUCCUUCGUGAAUGACAAGUUCAUGCCCCCAGAUGACCCUCUGGGUCGCCAUGGCCCCAGUCUUGACAACUUCCUUAGGAAAAACCCUCUGCCUACGGAGCAAAAGAGGCAGCUCUGUCCGUAUGACAAAAAGUGCACUUACGGCAUCAAAUGCAAGUUCUACCAUCCAGAGCGGGCCAACCAGUCCUACCUGUCUUUGGCUGAUGAAUUGAGAGAGAAAGCCCAGAUUUCUGCUGGUAAAGAAGAAAGAAAUGCCAGAUUAUCACCCAGACAUCUUCAGUCUGAUCCUGCUCAUAAGGCCUGCUUUCAUCCUCAAGACUUGAACACAGAGUACAUAAGAGACCAGCAAAGUUCUUCACAUCCCAGCCAGGUUGCUGAAAAUGCACUGCUGUACUGGGAGGAUCCUCGAAAAAGUCCGAAUCAUCAGUCCUGUUCUGUAACAGGAAGCCAAUAUCAGAAAGAGCGGCCUGGGCUGCACUCAGCGCCCAAUCAUUACUAUGCCAGCUUGUCUCACGAGUACCUGGACUCUGGUCUCGGCUCUUAUGAGAGUCAGUACUCUGACUUUUCGCAUUGCCUCAGCAACUCCCACAAACUCAGGCACCAGCAGCAAAGUGCCCUCGCCGGACCCAGACAUGCCGCUGUUCAUUCAGAGAAAAAUAACACCAGCCAGUCCUGCAGGUGCUCUUCCCAUGUGGCUUCAAAACCUCAUCAGCAACAUCAUAGAAACCUUGACUUAAAGGGUCAACCCCAAUACGACACCUACCCUCCUCACAUGUUCCCGCUCGGUGUGCCACACCAACACAGCCUCCCCAGCCACCUCCAUUACAGUGGAGCCCCGCAUCAUCAGCAAAAUUACUGGUCAGAUCCCUUUCAGGGGCUGCCCCAAGCCAGGACAUCACAUAGCCUCCCCUCUUCGGUCCAUAGCUCACAUUCCCACAACUCUUGCUGCUCCUACAAAGGCCAUCAGCACCACUCCAGGGGCCAGCAACAGUCAUCCUCUGCUGCAUUUGACCCACAACGGCUGGAAGUGCGCAAGAAACUGCAAGCCAUCUUCAACCCGCAUCAGGUGGAUACAGUCAUGGAGAUGUUUCCGCAUCUGAUGGAUGCGGAGAAACUGGCUGCAGAGAUCCUCAACCUGAAGGCUCAGAGAGGGAUAUUCUGAUUAUCCUCCUCCCUUGCACCCUGUGCUCGUUUUGACACUUUGUUAUAGCAAACAGAGAAUCUCUUGCAAAGCCUUUCUAGUGUCUGUCAUUGAGUGCUUUGAAAGAUAAUUGCAAAAGAUGUUUCAUUGUUUAAUGUGCUAUUUGCCUUCAUAUUUAUGAACAAUUUAGAUCAUCUGUUCUGAAUUAUAUGCAUUUGUAUGACAUUGUAGUCAAACGUGACCUUGUCAUCCAUGUUCUGGAUGAAAAGUCCUUCUAGACCAAAUUCUCCUGAGUUUCUAGAGUUUUGACUGUUGAUGCAUAUUGUGUCAAAUGUGAUAUAUUUCAAUCUGUCUAAAAAGUAAGUUCUCAUGCAAUAACAAAUCGCUGUAUAAAGUAUUACUUUUUCUUUUCAUUUCACUGUAGUACUCCAGAACAGCUUGCUGCUCAGUGUUUUCUCUGUGAGGUGUAGCUAUAGUGUUUCUUUUAACAUACAGGAUUUACAGUAAAUCCUGAUUAUGCAAGAAAACUUUGAUACAAGCGAGAGGAAUUUGCUAGCGUGUCGUCACCCUUUUCCUGGAAAUCAGCAUCAGUUUCACAGAACUGAAAGUGUUGCUGUAACACUAUGUAUUUGGGUUACUGUGCAAUUGAAAAAUGACAAUUGAUGUGUGGAAUUUAGUUCUCAUGAACAUGCAGAUUUAUUUUCUUGGAGUAAAUCAUCUUGUAAAUGUAUAUUGUUAGAUAAAUUCAUUCAUAGUGAGCAUGUAUAGGGAAAACCAUGUCACUAAAAAUAAAGAAAUGUCAUGUGUCGGGUAUUAGGCGUGUCAGUUGAACUUACUGACAAGGUUAGUCCUGUACCAGUCUUUCUUAAGCAUAGUUAAUGCAUCUGUAAAUAUGUCUUAUCAGGAACUGCAGAACUGCUAACGUCAUACCACAUUGCCUAAAAUUCCUACUAACUUCCUUGUAUGUAUGUCCCCUAUGCACAGACCCGUCUAUUGUGGUCACUUCCUAUAUAUAUAUAUAU